GUGGAGAUGUUCAGCAUCCUAUGACAAAUGUCCGUUGGCAGUACUUUUUCUACCAGCCAUUCCAUUUUUCUCAUUUCUUUUACUUUUAUCUCCUAACACCAUUUUAACACCAAAAGCCUUACAAAACCUGUUAAACUACUCUUCUUCUUCAUGCUACAUUUUUCAAGCGUCGUGAAUCAUGAGUCACAAGCCAUGGCAUUGGAGGAAAAAAUCCAUAGAGAAGACAAUCUUUGCAGAUGAAAAAGUUAUCAGUCCUUCUCAAGUCAUUGAAAAAGAGGAAAAAAAUCUUUCAACAGAUACGGUACGCGGAUCGGGAAGAUUGUCACAAAGUCUAAACAAGAAGUUAGCAAAAGUCCUCCUCGAUUCUCCCGUUGAAAUAGAGUCUGAUGAAGAUUUAGACAAAGAAGUGUCUACUGAAGCUAUUACUCCUACCGAUGCAACAUUGCCGGAACCUUUGCAGCCACUAACCUGUGUUCAAGAAGAACAAGAGCAAGCGCCGCGUGUUUCCAUUUCAAAGAUAUCGAAAGAGCAUGAGAAGGUUCAGAAAGAAUUGGAAGAGAAGCUGAGGGAAGCAAAUAAAAGGAUAGAUGAGUUAACUGAUAAGAAUACUUGUUUAACGAAUGUGUUAUUCUUGAAAGAGGAAUCUAUCGGGGAGAUUCUUCGAUGUAAACAAGAAGCAGAUGCUGAGUUUAAGACACUGAUGACAAGGUUAGAUUCUACAGAAAAGGAAAAUGCAUUCUUGAGAUAUGAGUUUCACAUGUUGGAGAAGGAACUUGAGAUACGGAAGGAGGAGAUAGACUAUAGUCGUCAGUACGCGGACGCGUCACACAAACAAUAUCUCGAGAGUUCUCAGAAAGCCUCGGAGUUAGAAUCCGAGUGUCAGAGACUCCGUCUCAUGAUUCAAAGAAGGAAGAGUGAAACUGGAGUGAUGAGAAGAGAGACGGAUACGAGAAGAAAGAAUUCAAAUCCUACACGAGUAUCAGAGGAGAGUAAUGCCUUGAUGAUCAAACGUUUACGAGAUUUGGAUGAGGAAAACAAGGCACUCAGGAGAGUUUUAACCAAGAAAAACUCUGAACUCGAUUCUUCGAGAUUUAUGUAUGGUGAAACAGCUUCCAGGUUAUCACAGGCGGAGACUCUGCUUAGAAAGUUUUCUGAAAAUCACAAGUCCAUGAAGCUAGCAAGGUAUAAUGCUGCGUCAAAUGAACUUCCUUUAAUGUCAAGUUUCGACAUUUCUAGUGAUGAUGAGGCUCUCUCUUCUGGAUCCUGGGCGAACGCGCUUAUUUCAGAACUCGAACAUUUAAGAGUCUCGGAGGCUAAAAUUUACGAGAACAAUAAAGCAUUGGAAGUUCAUCAUGACAUGUAUUCAAUGGAUGAUUUUGUUGAGACGGAAAAAAGAGCUAUUGUUUCGGUUGAUACACCGGAAGGAGGAGGAUACUUAUCUGAUGUAACUGGAAGAGAGAUAGUACCAGUUGAACAAGAUUUUGGCAUUGGUGAGAGGAAUAAAAGACCAUUUGAUUGGCUUCAAAUUGUUUUGAAUGCCAUGUUGGAGGAGAAACGCAUAUCGAAACGAAGUCUCGAUGAAUUAUUUGAUGACAUAAAAAUCGCGCUCGGGUGUAUAAAUCAGUCAACUGCUUGCAAAUCCGAUAUAACUCGAAAGUCCAUUCAUCCGGGAGAAUCUGAUCCUUUUCAUGUUAACAGUUUCAGUGGUUUUAUAGAAGCAGUUCAUAGAAUCAUCAAGCUCAUUGAAGGAAUUGCUCCAAAGUCAUUUAUCUGCAACAAUGGUCAAGAUUGCUUGGAGGAGAAUCAAAAUUCAGACGCAUCGUCUCAAUCACCGAAAUCCAAAGAUUACUUUGUUCAUGUUUUCCAAUGGAAGGUUUCAGACUUGAAUCCACUAUUGCAUCAACUUGUUCACACCUGCAAAAAUUUACUAACAGGGAGAGCCGAUUUCGAAAAUUUUGUCGAGGAAGUUGCAUUUGCUUUGGACUGGAGCAUUACUAAUUGCGCUAACUCCACAAAUGCUUCAAUUGCAAGGGAUAAGAUAAAGAAGCGCUUAAACUCUUUUCUGUCAGUAAAUGAAAAUCAAAUCGAGGUUGAUGAUAAACAAUCUUUUCGCACGCCUUCUGUUGUGUAUCCAGAUGAUCGGUCUGAUGAGAGUAGUCAGUAUAAUUUUGUUGAAGAAAUUAGAAAAUUAAAAGAUGAUCUGACGAAUACAAAAUCGGCGAAGAAAGACUUGGAGGUAAAGCUUCUGUCAGUUAUUGAAGAGAGUAAUAAUUUGACAAAAGAGUGUCAUGAAGCGCAAAAUAGCAUCAGAGUUUUAGAAUCAGAAAUAUUGACAUUGAAAGAAUCAAAAGCUAUGGUUGAAGAGAAGAUUGAAAAACAAAUUAUGAUAAAUGAAGAUCUUGACAUACAACUUACAAUAGCGCAGGCAAAAUUAAAUAACAUCUAUCAAAAGUUCUCGUCGCUAGAAUUUGAAUUUGAGAAUAAAAAGAGCUCGUGCGAGGAAUUAGAAGCAACAUGUCUUGAGCUUCAACUACAGCUAGAAAGCAUUGCGAGGAAGGAUUCUCCAACAGAUGGCAAAUGCGAAGCAGAAAAGAUAUAUCAAACUGGCUGGGAGAUCACAACAGCUUCAUCGAAGUUAGCAGAGUGCCAAGAAAGUAUCAUCAACAUUGGGAAGCAACUCAAGGCACUUGCUUCAUCUAGUGAAACAGCAGUUUUAGACAGGGUUAACUCGACAACUAAUACUAUGGACAUUCCAUCUCAGAAGAACUUGAUCAAACGAGCUUCACUCCGCAACCAUAUGCUAGCCGAGGAUGAUGGUAAAGAAGGGAUGCAUACCAGUGUCGAAAACGAAGAAAGCAAAAGUACGGAAGAUGCACAGAUAGACUCCGUUGUUGAAUCUGAAAAAGAAAGUGCUUUGCAAACUCCUCAUGUCACGGUUAAUGGUUCGGAGCAAAAUGAUAGAAGCAGUGGCACGAGAAAUCAAGCAAUUGUAGUGCAUAAGAAAUAUGGAGGUUUUGAUUUUCUGAGGAAAUUGUUUACAAGAAGAAAGAAAGGGAGGAGUAAAGGAAGCAAAUUAUUACGCAAGGCAUGAUUGUGAAUGGAAAUAAACCUUGCCCAUUCUAUAAGGUUUUCUGUUGCAGAUUUUGAUUGGGAACAUGUAUAUUAUUUGCUUAAUUGAAAUUUCAGAUUAAACGCGUUGAUAAAUAUAUGUACUGAGUUUGGUUUUUAAUACAGUUUUUAUGUGAUUGGCAAAAAUGUAACAAAAAGGAAAUGAUCCUUAUCAAUUAUUAACACUUGCUUCUGUUGUUCAA